AUGACGCCGUCUUCACCUCCCACAUCCUCAUCAGCUCCUCGAGAAGCCCCUACCGAACAACAACCAGCAGCGACUCACGCGAACGGCCUAUCGAACGGCACUGAUUCGAAAGCCGAGGCAGACCGCAAACGGGCGUACCGAGCGCAAAAGAAGGAGGAGCAGAAAGCGCGGAAGGAGAGUCGGAAGGCUUUCGCUCUCGAGACGGGACUGGAUCCGGCGUUGCUUCCCAAGGCGAUUGCGGGCGAGCUGGAUUUGGCGAAGAACGGGAGGGUCAGGCCGAAGGGGUUCGAGCCGCGAGAAUGGGUCGAGGUUCCUCACCGGAAUGGAAGUGCGGCGAGCGGUGAGGGCAGGAAGGUGUCGAUCCUAUCGUGGAAUAUGCUCGCGCAGGCUCUCGUCCGCCGCGAACUGUUCCCGGGGAGCGACUGCCUGAAGGGCAAAGAUCGCCUUCCGGCUUUGAUGGAGGAAGUCCUCUACUACGCGCCCGACGUCGCCGUUCUGCAAGAAGUCGACCGCCUCUCAGAGCACCUUCCUUCGCUCACCCUUUCCUACGGCUACUCCUCCUUCGUCGGCUACCGCCAAAAGUCCCAUGGCCUCCUCAUCGCGCACCGGAUUACCGUUUUUGACAAGGUCGGCGAGCGAGGCAUUCGGCUGGACGACCUGCCUAUCGACGACUCGCAACCGCUGUCGGACACGCCUGUCGAGUCGGGGACGGCAACGCCUCUCCUGACCGAGGAGGGAUCGAUUGAGGACGGAGCUGAAGCACCGCAGGCGGAGGAGAAGCUCACCGAGAAGGAGAAGGAGAUUCGUGCCCGUCCGCCCGAUGCUGCGAGUUCGACCGGCAAGGCGUCACGACAAGCCGCUGGACUUUCUCGCACGACUCGUAACGUCGCCCUCUUCGUUGCCCUCGCCUUCAAAGACGACCCGACAAAGGGCAUCAUCGUCGGCACAUCUCACACCUUCUGGCACCCCUCGCACAUCUACGAACGCGUUCGGCAGACGGCUUUGAUUGCGCGAGAAUUAUCCAAGUUCCGCCAGGAAGGAGGAGAGGGGAAGUGGCGAGACUGGCCGCUGUUCCUCGCAGGAGACCUCAACACCCAGCCGCGCGAAAUGACCUACCGCCUCUUGACUGGCGCACCUCUCACCGAUGACCUCCUAGCCGACUUCGAGCGAUCUCGCGUCGUCCACCAGUCCGUCGACAAGCUUUACGACCCGAGCUAUGAGCCGCCUGCACCGCCAGAACCCGAAGCGAAGGAGGGCGAGAACGUCACGUCGGACGACUUGUCGCAACAUCCCGAUCGGGUGAUUAAGAACACGCGGAAUGCGACGCCAGAAGACGGCCUUGCCACGCUCGAGCAGCUUCAGGCGAUGUUCCGCCAGGCCGGCGCUUCGAGCGGCGAGGCGGUCGGAAUCCGCAGCGCGUACGGCGAGGCUUACGGCUUGGUCGAAAGCGAGCGGUCGAAGUGGUACUGCGACAGGAAGCCUGAGGUGCAGAUGGGGAACGGGUGGAAGGUGCAGGAGGAAGAGGCGGAGAAGGCGAAGCGGCAGCAAGGAUCGUGGGAUGAGCGGGUCAGGCGUGGCGACUUUGAGCCCAAGUACACCAACUUCACGCCGUUGUGGCGCUGUACACUCGACUACAUCUUCCUCUUCCCGCCUCUGCCAGAAUCGCCCUCGACGCCAGCUCCGCAGUGGCGCUCGCUCUUGUCGAUGCACGAGUUCGAGCAGCGGUGCGAGCCGGGCUUGCCGAGGAAGGGCAUCGAGCCUUCGGAUCAUGUCGCCGUCGGUGCCGUCAUAGAGCUCUUCUGA